AACGAUGAAUAUUAGUCUAAUAUUUCGAUACUGCAAAAUUAUCACGAACACUGUACCUUCUUAAAAUGUUACGUUACGGCAUUGUUUUCCUGAUUGCAUGCAGCUUGGCUGCCAUAACUGCCAGUGAGGUAGAAGAGAGGCAGUAUGCAACUUGUGCUGGAACUUUGGUAGCCAAUGCAGAUGGAACGAGAUCCUGCGUUACCCAAGUUGGCAUUUCCAGCACCGGCUACCCCAUCUACAGGGUGACAAACCUUAAUACUGGAGUUACGAGCUUCGUAACACAAAAUGGCUUCAAUGCUUCUGGUCAGCCCACCUACAGCGUUAGCCCAACGUACCCCAUGACAACCUACGUCAAUACCUGUACUGGGACAAUCGUAACCAACAGUGAUGGAACAAGGUCCUGCGUCACAACAGUCGGCACUUCCAGCCUUGGCUACCCCAUCCAGACGGUAACAAAUUUGAACACAGGAACCACUAGCUACGUUACACAAACCGGUGUCAACUCGGUAGGACAACCCGUUUAUAGCGUAACACCGACGUAUCCGGCCAGCACCACUACCGCCGCUACCACCUGUGCUGGACAAACGGUCACAAAUAGCGAUGGUAGCCGAUCUUGCGUCACUCAGGUGGGCACGUCAAACACUGGCUAUCCUAUUUAUCAGGUCACAAACUUGAACACUGGCGUCACGAAUUACGUGCAACAAACGGGUACGAACACAGCAACUCAGCCUACUUACUGUACACCUACAGCUUAUCCAGUCAACACCAACUACGCCUGUACUGGAACAUUGGUGACAAAUAGCGAUGGCACCAGAUCGUGCGUUACCACAGUAGGAACGUCCAGCACUGGAUACCCAAUCAGCCAAGUUACCAACUUGAACACCGGCAUCACCAGUUACGUGACGCAGAAUGGAGUGAACGCCGCAGGUCAACCUACCUACAGCGUUACCCCGUAUUAUCCUGCCCCAGCUCCUGCUCCAGCCCCUGCUCCAGCCCCUGCUCCAGCCCCUGCUCCAGCCCCUGCUCCAGCCCCUGCUCCAGCCCCUGCUCCAGCUCCUGCUCCAGCCCCUGCUCCAGCCCCUGCACCAGCCCCUGCACCAGCCCCUGCUCCAGCCCCUGCACCAGCCCCUGCACCAGCUCCCGCCCCUGCUCCGGCCCCUGCACCAGCAACUCUUGCUCCUGCUCCCGCUCCUGUAACAGCUGCUCCUGUUACUUCCGCUCCCGUUGUCGACCCUUUCUUUGGUUAAGUUCCAAAGACAACCCCGUACCCCUAGCUGAUUCACAUUCUGUUAAUGACAGCUGUCGUGGACCCAAUGCCCUUGCUUCUUUUUUUAUGGACAAUCUAAUAAAACACUUUCAAUUUAAUGGUUACAAAAAAAUUACAUUCGGUGAUGGAAUGCUAGUCAACGUGCAUUGCUAGUAUGUAAAAGAAAUAAAAUACACAGUUGAUAUACAAA